CUGGAUCGGUUCGGUCGUGUUUUCAACAAUCGCUUUUCCCUCGACCCGCGGCUUAAGUGUUAGGCACAGUUUUUUUUGUGCCUGUUCACUAUCAUUGCUUCUCGUGCUGUUUGUCUAUUUUUUGCGUGCUGCUCCCUUCUGUUAUCAGUGAGCAUAUCUUCCUGCCAGCCAGUAGCGCUGUGUAUGCCAGUGUCUGUUUGUGUACUCCUUUAUCAAUAACUUUUUCCUUUUUCGACAGUGCUUGCGUUCGUGAAAAUUCAUCUGUUUUGUGCGUAAAGUAAAGGAUAAGAAUAUCUACUCCUUCCGAGCAACUGGCCAUCAUCAGCAACAUUAUGAAAGGAAAUAAUUAACUGACCAAUCCUACUGAAAGAACUGUGUACACUCUUCGCAGUGAAGUAAUCGUUUUAUUUUCCUUCUUGUUCUUUCAAAUUGCUUUCGGAAAAUUGUUAUGCUACUGCAGAUGAUGUUGGGCUCAAAAUGUAGCAACUAGCGUGGCGUACAGUGACGUAUUUACUAGCAACUCUCGAAACGGGCCAAAACCAAAAUCGAACCAAUUGUGUGGAUACAGUCCGCACGGCUGCGGCAUCAAUUGAGGACCGGAGUAGAUCUGUAACCAAGGGGCAGACUGAGUGUGUUUGAUUGUCCAAAUCAACUUUGAUAGUGAUUGGGAAUUGGUCCCAGGAUAGUGCAGUGUUUUAUGGACUGAAACCAUGUUUUCGGUGAAUGAAGGGAUUGCUGAAAUAGUCUGAACCUAAUGGUGUAUAAUAAAGUGAAGCAAGCAAUAACUCAAUAUGAUACGUUUGUGAUGGAAAUAGAAUAAUCAAUUUUGUGCAUCCAAUCAACGUAGAUUGAAUAACCUGAUAAGAAAUGUGCGAAGGUUGCAAAUAUGUUGUUAAGUGAAAAAGUUUACUUGAGGUGCGACUACCGGAAAAAAAUAUCGUCUGCUGUAGGAAGGCCAUCCAGAUAAUUCUUUAAACGAGUAGAACAAAGUUGAACAAAUUUUCACAAUGGCGUGGAAUACUACCGAAUUUGAGUCUUUGGAGGCUCCAAGAUCGUUUAAUCGAGAACAUGUGGGAUUGAAAAAACGCGGUGCAUCGGUUUUUCUACUACUUUGUUCAAUCAUCAACAUUUGCCCCAGCAUAAGCUUAGAGAUCAACGAUACACUUAUUACACGAAAGCAUAAACAAUUCACGAUGGAUGAGUUGCUCAGCACGAAGUUCCCGAACAAGAUAUCAAACGACAUUGAUAUGGAUCCUUGCAAAUCAAGUGGAUUCCUAGGCGACAUCGCACUGCCAAACAUUAAUUACGAAACCGAGUGGCAAAAACAAAGACUGAAUAAAUCGUUCCAGCUGGAGCUGGAAAAACUCAAACAGGAGGUAUACCAUGAAGGUCUACAAGUAGAAGAGGAAGGGUUAACCGAUAUUAUCCGCAAGAAAACCAAACAGCUGACGCCGGAUUUGAUAAGCACUGGGAAUAGUAACCUAGGCCACCAGGCCAGUAAAAAGCUUAACGAUCCAACGAUAGACAUUUCCGCAUCUCAACCCAUCGAUCACAAAUCACUAAAUCAAAAUUCUCACCGCCAUGAGGACAACGAUAAUGCAAUAAUUGAUAGCUACUACGGUCAAUCGCAAAUAAAAGCAACCAUCAUCGACAAUAACGAUAACAUCAUCAGAAACGCCAACGCUAGUCGCACUGAGCAUAAAACUGAACAUCAGUCCUCACCAGACCAAUUGCUCUUAGCCCACUCAUUGCCAAAGGGGUUCACAUCAAAUGGAAACGAUAGUAACGUUGACAAAGAUAAGAAAAGCGGUAAAACAGCGGAUGCUCGUAAUAUUGACCAUAAUCGCAUUCAAUCUGAUACGAAGGAUAUCAUUAUCGAUGAUUCAAGUAACAACAUAAUCAGCAAUAAUCACGGGAAUAGGAAGAUUGCGCUAACGGCACUUUCUACGCCUACGACAACAAUGAAAACAAUCCGUACGACUCAGGCCAACCGAUUUAGUAAUGCAGGGGGCAAUGGUAGAACUUUGGAAGACGUCCAGGUGCUAAAUGGUGAUGGCAGUAUAACUACACACAAACGUCAUCAUCGGCGUCGGCGGCAGGGCAGUGGCCGUAAAAAUAAUGGCACGAGAGAGCAGCUAUCCGAUAAAUCCCGGCGGAAACCUGCCGAUGCAAAUUCAGACACGUACAGAGCCCGGUUAGAAAGAUUGAAAAGUGAGCUAAGCAAUCCAACCCUUUCAAUCGAUGAUCCUAAUUUGAAAGUAUUAAAACGGGAACACAAAAAGGUUUUUAAAAGCAAGCAGACCUCAUACAGAGUGAAGUCGAAAAGCAAAGCUUCGCAUUCGAAGCAGCCGCAUGUACAGAAGGAGCAUAAUAAGCAAUUUGGAAAAAGUAACGAACAGAAGGGCAGAAAAAUGCCCACCCAUGAAAAAAGUGAUGCUAGCAGACAUGAGUAUACCCGCAUCCUGGAUGACAUCAUCAUUGAAGACAAAGGACCAGACGUGGGAGACUUGCCCGUAGGUGCAUUAAUGAAGGAUUCAAAUGGAAAAACUGUUGAAUCGUCACUCUCGUCAGCACAUAAAGCAACUGAAGGAAAUGGGCAAACAAAAAUGCAUUCAUCGCAACCUGUUGAUGAUAAAAGCAAGGGCCACCAUCAUCGAGCGACACGUGCAGCCACAGCAAAGAAGGAACGAAUCUGGGACUUUGGUGUCAUCCCGUACGAGAUCGAUGGCAAUUUCAGUGGUUUACACAAAGCCCUCUUCAAACAGGCGAUGCGUCACUGGGAGAACAAUACGUGCAUUAAAUUUGUCGAGCGUAAUCCGAUAGAGCAUCCUAACUAUAUCGUCUUCACCGAACGGCAAUGCGGCUGUUGUUCGUUUGUGGGAAAACGUGGCAAUGGACCACAGGCCAUCUCGAUCGGUAAAAAUUGUGACAAGUUUGGCAUCGUUGUACACGAAUUAGGACACGUGGUUGGUUUCUGGCAUGAGCAUACACGGCCGGAUCGUGAAAAUCAUGUGGUGAUUGAAAAGAACAACAUAAUGGUAGGCCAGGAAUAUAAUUUCAACAAGCUGACCGAAGACGAGGUGAAUUCUUUGGGUCUGCCUUACGACUACGAUUCUAUUAUGCACUACGCACGGAAUACUUUCUCCAAGGGAACCUAUCUGGAUACUAUAUUUCCGAUUGAAAUACCCAGCCGAAAGCGGCCCGAGAUCGGUCAACGGCUACGACUCAGCGAGGGAGACAUUGCGCAAGCAAACUUACUUUACAAAUGUGCCAAAUGCGGUCGCACGUUUCAGGAUAACUCGGCAUCGUUUACCUCUCCCAGCUAUUAUUCCGUUUUGCCGCCGAGCGAUCCGGAAAGGUGCGAGUGGCGAAUAACAGCCACGCACGGAGAGAGGAUUGUUCUCAACAUCACCGACCUGGACAUCUACAAAUCGAAUAACUGCCGCUCAGAUUAUUUAGAAAUCCGCGACGGUUACUGGCACAAAUCACCAAUCCUCGGCAAGUUUUGUGGGUCCGGCAAAGUAAACGAUCUGAUCAAAUCAACAGGUAGUCGAAUGCUUCUCACGUACACCACGACAUUCCGGCAGGCCAACAUGCGAGGAUUCGCCGCCAGCUAUGAGGCUGUUUGUGGGGGCAACGUCAACUUGGAAAGUGGCGGGCGGCUUGAAUCACCCAAUUACCCAAUGGACUAUUUACCCAACAAAGAGUGUAUUUGGAAAAUCACUGUCCCGAAAGAUUACCAAGUGGCGUUGAAGUUCCAAUCAUUCGAGGUGGAAAAUCACGAUAACUGUGUGUACGAUUACGUAGAAGUGCGCGAUGGCGAUUCAGCGGAGUCGCGAGUCAUUGGCGUGUUUUGCGGCUAUAAAAUACCACCGGAUAUGAGAUCAACAACCAACAAAAUGUUCGUUAAAUUUGUAUCGGACGGGUCGGUCCAAAAGGCAGGCUUCUCCGCAACCUUCAUGAAGGAAGUAGACGAAUGUGAACGGAUGGACCAUGGUUGCGAACAUGAGUGUAUCAAUACACUCGGAGGAUAUGAGUGCGCCUGCUACAUAGGAUAUGAGUUGCAUAGCGAUAAAAAGUCAUGUGAGAAUGCCUGUGGCGGAACUCUGAAGCAACUGAACGGGACCAUCCUAUCACCUUCGUUUCCGAACGAAUACCCUAUAAUGAAAGAAUGUGUAUGGGAAAUCAUUGCACCAGUGCAGCACAAAAUAACCCUUAACUUCACCCACUUCGAGCUAGAAGGUAAUACGUUCUACCAAGCCUCGGAAUGCGAGUAUGACUCGGUAACCGUUUACUCAAAGUUGAACGAGGACACGCUGAAGCGACACGGAGUAUUUUGUGGAACAAAAAUCCCACCUACGAUCACCUCCGAGGGAAAUACACUUCGGGUGGAGUUCAAAUCUGAUAAAACGAUACAAAAGUCUGGAUUUGCAGCCGUUUAUUCAACCGAUGUUGACGAGUGUGCAGUUAACAACGGUGGAUGCCAACAUGAGUGCAAAAAUACUCUUGGAUCAUAUGUUUGCUCCUGUCAUAAUGGCUACACUCUUCACGAUAACGGACAUGACUGCAAAGAAGGAGGCUGUAAGUACGAGGUAACGUCUCCGAAUGGGCAGAUUUUCAGCCCCAACUAUCCGGACUAUUAUCCGCCCAAAAAGGACUGUAUUUGGCACUUCACAACAACUCCUGGACAUCGAAUUCGGCUAGUGUUCAACGUUUUCGACAUCGAACCUCACCAAGAAUGUGCCUACGAUCACAUUGUUAUCUACGAUGGAGAUUCUCCGGAAAGUUUUGCUCUCGGACGCUUCUGUGGAGCCAAACUUCCCCAUCCACUGUCUUCUACAUCUAAUGAGAUGUACAUGGCAUUUAACACCGAUACCAGUGUUCAACGCAAAGGCUUUUUCGCAAGUCAUUCGACUGCCUGUGGAGGACAUUUGCGUGCCACCAAUAAGGUGAAACAUAUCUACUCCCAUGCUAAGUAUGGAGCCGGAAUGUAUGACAAUGGUGCCGAUUGUGAAUGGUCUAUCGAAGCAGACAGGGACAAAAAUGUGCAACUGAAGUUCCUAACGUUCGAUGUCGAAGAAGAGCGGAUGUGUUCUUAUGAUUACGUUGAAGUAUAUGGUGGACUGGACGACGCAAGUGGACCAUUGCACGGGAAGUACUGUGGGAAUAGUAAUCCGCCAGAAAUUAUCUCGAUGAAUGAGGCGCUAUUGGUUCGCUUCCGCUCAGACGACACAGUCGGUUUCAAGGGUUUUUCCGCGUCAUACGUCGCAGUGAGCCCUUUUGGGGACGGCCUUUCGACGGACGAAGAUCUGUCGGAAAGCGCCGAAAUUACACCCUUUCCAGGUUCACUCAAAAACACCGUCAUCGAGCCGGAAGAAGACGUGGACGAGGACGAGGAUGAAGAUUAUGAAAUUUUCUUCCACCAUCGUCAUCUGAACCCCAAAGUACGCUUCUCGGUGCGGAAUGAGAUACGAUCGUCUCAAGUCAUCGACUGAAAUAGGCCUAAACGUGUCGGUUUCAGGCGCAAAAUUAAUUAGUUUGCACCGGCGCGCGACGCGAUGUGAGAAAAAACAUUCUGAAUGCCCGAAGCGAUUACAUAUUUUUGCGUACAAACAUGAGUUCAAAUAGUUUAGAAUUUUUUUUGGGGCGCGUAGUACAAACGGGACUAUUUUCUAUGGAUUCUACAUGUAGCGUAAUGAACAAAACACUAUGCUAAUGUGUACAAAACCAGGUGUAUAACCAGAAGGGACACCUAAAGUUUACACGCCAACGCUUUCCGUUCUGUGAACAGCGCAAGCUUCCUUCGUUCUGUUGUUUUUGUUUCACUCUUCGGGGGCUGAACUAGCCCGUAAUCGAUAUUUUUUAUUCAAAUCAUUAGGGCCCCUUACACGAAGCGCUAGUAAUGUCAUUACUGAUCAGUAAUGUCACUUUUAAUGAUCGUGUAAGGUGAGUAAUUACGGAAUUCCCAUGGGACAUUGCAAGAUGACGUCAUAUGAGUAAAAAUGACAGUUCAACGAGCUUGUUUACAUGGUGUUUUUUUAUUCCACCCAGUACAAAAAACUUGGUUUGAAUUCUAAAUCCAUGUAAACAAGCUCUCUGAACUGUCAGAAAAGUGAGGUUAUACAUUUUCAUGCAAUGGUCUAUACAUUUCCAGUAAUCACAUUACUUAGUAAUGACACUCUUAUUGCGCGUGUAAGGGGCCCUAUUGUAUUUACUAGAAUGUUUGUAAUUCAGCACUUAUAUUUAAAUGUGUAUUGGGAUACACACGCGCUCAUCUCAGCUCCUAUAUUUGUCUCAUUCUAUCAACAAGGAAUACAAAACGAUUUCACCAAAUAAACCGAUUGAGUAGUGAUAUUGAAAAUAAUAUUUUUUCGAAUUUGAUGCCCAGUUUACAUUAGCGUUACUAUAUUCAGAGUUAGGUGGACACAAAGCCGGAAAACUGGCACCUCUUAUUUCAGGAAAAAAAAACACUGGCAUCCCAUGCAAAUGUUCAAGCUCUAGCUUAAUAACUUCAUUGUCGUCGUGAGUAAGAGCUUUACCUGUACGUAUAGAAAACCAAUUCGAAGAUCUAAUGCUAUGAUUUAAUACUUCUGCGAAUAUCUCUAGCGGCCAAUUUCUUCUUCUUCUUCUUCGCUUCUGUUUGGCUUGUUUGUGAAACAAAGCCCAAAAUGGCACAGCAUAUAAAGCUAUAUUGCCAGUUAAUCUUCGUUUAUAGUCCAAUGGACUUUACUUUCUGUGACUAACCGACGAUAAACUCGCAGCGCCACAAAAUUGGUCCACCACAGCACGAGUAAUUCGCCCAAUCAAGGUGAAAAAAGCGAAUUAUCUAGCACUCGGUGAAAACCAACAUGUCGACACUUUGAAAUUUUCACCGGAAGUGGCCAAUUUCUUCACUUGGAUGAAAACCGGUUUUCGGCUAAUUGGCCACCUGCAACCCGAAAACUGGGUUUCAGUGCGGUUUUCAUCCAGUGAAGACAUUGGCCAUAGGUGUUACAGAUUUUUUUGGUUAUUUUCAUUACUCUGCACUCGACAACACAAGCAAGGAAAGAGUAAAAUAAUUAUGACCAUAAUCACAAUACCUUUUUCAUAUACAUCCAAAAAGAACAUGUUAUGUGACGUCAUACUCGAUUGGCUCCGGCAUUUGACAUGUUCAGUUGGCUCCGCUCAGUGUCUCACCAUAACUAUGAAUAUAGUAACUAUAGUUAAGUCGCGUCUUUGAUUUCUGAGUUAGUUUCUGCCUCAAGCGAAAACAAUGGAAUUGAAGGUAACCAUUUUAUCUGCAUUUCUCUCCACAUAUAUCUCGCUGGAGAAUAACUAGUUUUCCAAGUAAUGAUUUGGUUUCGCAUUCCGGCAGAGAUGCCAGGUACUUUUUCAAAUGUCUGCAAUAAUAAUUUUAAAAGUCUGGGAAGAACAAAAAAUAUCAGGAAAGCUAGUGUAACCAAAAGCCUUUAUAUUCAAAAAUCUGCAAAUAUCUGCAACAAAACUAAAAAAUCUGCAAAAAUCUGCAACCAAACUAGAAAAUCUCCAAAUAUCUGCGUCAUCGAAAAAAUCUGCAGCUUAAAUUAAAAGUCUGCGAAUUUGCAGACUUGUCUGCAAAUCUGGCAUCUCUGCAUUCCGGUCUAGCUGAAGCUCAGUAACACUGCAUGUUUUGCUCAAUUGAUCUAAAAUAGCAUACACGAAACCACCCACUGAGACGUCCAAAAAAUUGUUUCAAAAUCGUUCAACACGGGUCCAACGAUGGACGUUCGUUGAACGGUUAUUUGGACGUUGUCCAAAUUGGUCCAACGAACGUCCUUCAUCGGACGAUUUUGAAACCAACCGUUCUUAGAGGGCACAUACGGACUUCCGGUGAAAAUUUCAACGUGUCGACAUGUUGGUUUUCACCGAGUGCUAGAUAAUUCGCUUUUUUCACCUUGAUUGGGCGAAUUACUCGUGCUGUGGUGGACCAAUUUUGUGGCGCUGCGAGUUUAUCGUCGGUUAGUCACAAAAAGUAAAGUCCAUUGGACUAUAAACGAAAAUUAACUGGCAAUAUAGCUUUAUAUGCUGUGCCAUUUUGGGCUUUGUUUCACAAACAAGCCAAACAGAAGCGAAGAAGAAGAAGAAACCACAUACAAACAGAAUUGUCCCACAAAAAUAUCGUUCCGCUCAUUUUGCAAGCAUGCUAGCUCCAUCCUUUGGACACGGUUCCAAACACUAAUUUGGAAGUGGAUUAUCCCGCAUGAUCGGGAAUAAUGUUUCACUAGUUGUUUGUCCCCAAUUUACUUGUGUAUAUGGAUAACGUGACGUCGUUAUCAACAGUCCCAAGUAAAAAUAUAUUUAAAGUGACCAUAAAUGCUAGUGUACGAGGAUUAUGUAUGUUCAUCUAUGGCCGAAUCGAUAUAUACAACGGUUGACUUGCGAGCUGUAUUGGUAAUUGUUUCCUGGAAUUUUUCAUGACGCUACAAUAAAAUGAAUCGAGAUCCCUCAAAAUAGAUUUCACAAUACUAAUGGGUUUUACAAUACUGUUCUGCCCAAUGUAAUCUUCUACCAACCAACCAAUUUUCGCUGAAUGUUCGAUGGAUGCUUCUUCAAGCAGUUAUGCAAAUACGUGGGCCAUAAGCUCCGUCCUAUUUUGCACCCGCUGUGGAUAAUUCAGCCUUUGGAUCAAAAAUAACGCCGAGGUCAUUCGCCAGUGUAAUCCUGUUUUCAUGUUAUGGGGACUAAUUACUAAUUUUGAAGAUUGAAGCAAUCGCACGGUGGCGCACAUAGUUUUGCCAAAGAGUUAUUCGAAGACCAAAUGAAUACGACUUUAUGAAAACUGUAGUCUAUGGGUCGAUUUCUUCACCCUCGUUUAACUGUUCAACCGGGUUUACCGGUACAUUAAUUCUGGUUUAAAUGUUAAGCGUAGGUGAAGAAACGAACGCAAACAGCCUCCUCCUGUCUGAGAUAUUUUAAAAAGGUAAGCUACGAUGCAAUCUGAAAAACAGCCCUUAGGGCCGAUUUCUUUAUCCAUGCUAAACUUUUAAACCAUGCUUAACGGUGUGUUAAACCUAGAUUAGAACGUAAGCGUGAGUGAAGUAAUCGGUCCAUAUAAAUGAAAGAAGAAGACAUUUAUUUCGUUUACCCCAAUUGUAUACACAAAUGUUUUUAAAGGGCCUACUUCGCAACUGAUUAUUUCAGUUCAGAAAGUGCUAUCUAAUCUUUAUUAUCAAACUUUAAAAGUUUUACAAAGAAUACAUUCACGAGAAAUAGAAAAUAAAAAAGCAGUUCUGAGGAACAAAAUUAGGAUAAAUGAAAAAUUAAAAACGGUGGUGAUACACCUAUAACUUCUUCCGCAAAGCUGCUUGGAAUAAUUUUAAUUUUGCUGCGAAUUGGAAUCUUAUAUCUCAUCACAUUCAGAAAAUAGCGUUCGAAUUAACCUUAUAAGAGCAAAACGAAAUUAUUGUUUUUAUUUUGAUUGUAAUGGUUUUAAUUUUUAAGUAUUGUUUUAAUCUCUUGAAAAAAUCUCUUACCCUAUGUGCGGGGUUUAGAAUCGAACCCAGGUCAAAGCACUCAAAUAUUUCUUCACCCAUGCCUGACUUUUAAACCCCAUUUUUAAGCAACGGUAAAGCAGGUAUAAAAGUUAGGCGUAGCUGAAGAAAUCGGCCCUAAAAAUUGUUAUUCUCUUAAAUUAUGGAUCUGGAUGACUGUGUGGCGACCCUUUCAUGCGAACUUUUUCCUAGUGCAUUAUAUGAUUCUAUAUUUUCAUGGUGUGCCCAAAAUUGCUAUUUACAAAAAAUGACCACCAAUUCGGCAAUCAAGCUUUGAAAGAUAUAGUAUCCAAGCAUGUUUUCGGUAAAUUUCGAAAUGAUCUAUCGGGAGAAUCGAAUGAUAUAACGAAUCGAAUGUCACUUUCCUAAGGAUACACGCAUACAUCAAUAGAUUUGGUAUGAUCUAUAUUAACAAAAAACCUGUGUCCAUUUAAUUGAUAGAUGGCAUUGGAUACAGUAUUGAUGUAUUUCCUGGGCAAAUUUGAAUUAUUUUCAUUGACGGAAUCGAAAGUUGUAGCGAUGAAAAUUUGUAUACGUCAGGCAUUGCAUUUAUCGCUCAUAUGAGUAAAUGCGCCCGGAUAGUUUGCUACUGCGACAAUAAAAACUCACAUUUUCACACGAAAAGUUACUGGCACUCACACAACUUCUCCGGAUAAAUACAACGUGUUAUUUCUCCGGAUAAAUAAAACAGCCGGAGAAUGAGUGAAUGAGCUUAUCACGGUAUCCUUCUUGCGUUCCCUACUUUGCUGUCGUUAUUCCAAAACACGAUAAAUCAAGUCUAUCAUACUUCUUUGCCGCUUUUCUUUGUAAUUAAGUGUAUUUUUUGCAGUUUUAAUUGAUUUCCACGAAAUUAAAAUUUUAUCACCUUAUCCGGUGAGAAAGAAAAAGUCAAAUAAAUUUUAUCCGGAAAAUCAUUCUCGCGCCAUUUGUAGAAACGGAGAAUUUUGCGACUCAUCUUAUCUCGGAAAAGUUGGACAUCGGAUAAUCUACUUCUCGCGUGAGUGAGAGAGAAUUACAAUGCCUGGUAUACGUACAUGGACGGGUUUUCACCAGACUUUAUGCAUUAAUCCAUCCAUUAAUCAUAUAUGUCUUGGUUUUAAAGAAACCGUAACCCGUAACAUUUCAAUUCAUAUUUAUUAUGCACCAAAGGUGUCAUUUAAAUGCUGCGCUGAAAAAAAAUGAGAAUAGGGUAGACUAUCCAACGUUAUAGUAAGACGGGCAAAUCAAUAAAUUCGGAAUAAAAGUUGGAAUUCUUUCUUCAAAUGACCAUAUCUCAGCGGAAAAUACGUUUUCGUUUAAACUGGUCAGAUCAAGAAACGCGAAAAACUCAUUUGAUAAUGAUAGGCGUUUUCCUGGAAGUGCUAGAAGCUGCUUAUCCCUAUCCGAUGCUCAAUACGAUUCGACUAGAAUUUUUACAUUAGUUCAAUUGCUUGGAAAAGGCCAAAGUCAAAACCAGUUAAAAAGGGGUAGGUUUUACCAGUUCAACGUUUAAAAAUCGAAGAUAUAUCAAAAUAUUAUUUUUCACCGCUAACUGAUACUCUCCCUGGCAGCACUGCUCCAUAUGAAUCCAACCAAAGUAUUUGCAGUAAUUUCAGUUCUGCGGAUAAUACUUACAAACUGUUGGCGCUCAAAUGAUAGUUAAUUGUCAGUUAUUAGCCUUAUCGUAAUCCGGGGUGACUUUGACCACUCGAAACUUUUUUCGUACAUAGCUUAAUAAACCAGAAUAGUCUACCGAAUAAUUUUAAUUUGAAUUGAUUUUUACUCUAAACUUAUAAAAUACUGAUUUGUUAUACUUUUUGAGUAUAUUGUUCGGUUUUUGGGUACAAAAACUACAAAAAACCGAAAUUUGACUUUACCUGAUUUUUACGAAGCUUCGUUAAGUGUCUAUUUUUUAUAAAACAAAUAAAUCUCAGAUUUGAGCAAGAGUAAUAAAUUUUAUUUUGCUUUAGAUUGGGAUAUGCUAAAUUUAGUUUUAAGAGUUUGUUUAUUUUUAAUACAUUUUUGUGAAACUUGUUGGCAGUUAUUUCAAAUUAUUUUAAGCUAAAAUUCGCAACAUUUUUUUAUUGUUCAAUAUUCCAACGUGUUAAAAUGGAUGAAACUUUUUGUACAUUGAUAAAACAUUGAAACAAAACAAUUUUAGUAGUUUUAAAGGUUUUCAGAAUCUUUUAUUCUAGUUGGACACAAAUUAUACGAAUUUUGGUUACUCGAAUUUUACAGCACAUUGAAAUACUUUGUAUAAUACUAAUUAACAUCUACCCAGGUAACCAAUAAGCAUGCUGAAUGCGUCUUAACGGCUACUUGAUAAGCACUUAAGUCGUUUUAAAUGCUAUUUAAAAGUCGCUUUUGGCAAAAUAUACGGCUACAUUACUGCUGUGCUAUGAAAAUGCUUGUUUACUACUGUUGGGCAUUCAGAAUGCUGCUUACUGGCAAGAAGUUUUUAAACAGUUUUUCAAAUGCUGAUUAACAACAGUUAUGCAUAACGAAUGCCAGCAUACUGCUAGAAGCAUCCGGAAUGCAAAUUUUACGCUACUUUACUGCAUACACUAAUGCUUGUUGGUUACCUGGGUACUUAACAAUGAGUAUCUUUCCAGAAUUAGUUUAAACAAACAUUUGAAUGAAAAGCAUUGACAUCAAUAACUUAAUGUGGGUGAACAUGCAGGCUAUCAAAGUCACCCCGAAACACGAAAACGGACUUCAAUUUGAAAUAAUUUUUGAAAAAAUAGUUGUAAGCGGACAAUUUUAGGUAAAACCAUCCAAUCUUGUUCUCCAUACAUCAAUACAUGGUUUAAAAAUAUUAAACUCGAAAAAAAUGUGUUGCGUCUAAAAAUAUGUAAUGAUUACUUCGAAAAGUGAUCAAUGUCACCCCGGUUUACGGUACUUAAUUUUGUAAGCAAAUCUUGCCUAAAUCAAACGUUAUAUACGUUGUUUACAAACAACAUGGGCAUGAAAGGGUUGAGCCCAAGAUCACACCAAUACGAGUUUUUCGUUGUUUCGAUCAGAGUGUAUGUAAGGAGAGUGAAGACAGCUGUCGUGAUAUUCCAAACGAACAAACGACCUCUCAAAAUACAUGGAUUUGACUCGUUUGGAAUGACACUGACAAAUAAUCAUUGUUCCAAUUUUGACAUUAUCGUCACUCUCCUUAUAUGCACUCAGGUUUCGAUUACAAAGGUUGUUCCUCUGUGCGGGGAUCUAAAACCGAAACCAGUUGAGCUGCGUAUCCGGCAAUCGACUUUCUAACUAUGCUACGCUAGCCCUAGCAAAAGUGUUUUAAUUGAACGGAGCUUUGCGUGUUAUCUUUUUCUGAGAAAAAGUGUCCGUCGAUACUUUUUAUUGCACGCUUAUUUUUCCUGCUAAACUGAAUAACAAUCUGUCUUCAGCUAUUUUAGCAAAAUUCUUUUUUAUAUCAAAAUAGCCUGGUACAUUUAUAUUGAGGUUUAGAUAUAUUUUAUAUAAACUCAAAUGCAUCAAGGGUAUAUAAACUCAAAUGCAUCAAGGGAAAAUGACGUGAAACACGAUUUAAUGCAAUCAUCAAAUGCACCAAACACAAUAAUUUAUAAACAAAAACAACCUAUAGCACUAACUUGCAACCUCGUAGUUUCUGAAUAGAAUAAGAUUGGAAAGUUGAAGUUUUUAACUCGUGUAUUUCUCGUGAAUGUUUCCGCAAAUCAAAGAUCAAAUAUUUAUGCGUAUCAAAAGAAAGCGUUCAAAAUAAGAAUAGAAUUUAAAAAUAUUAGAUAAUAGUAGUUAUAAAAAACGUGUACGUUCGAACAAUAAAUAUAUAAGAAUUCAGGAAUCAUCCUUAUAACGAUAAGAGCCAUCGUAAAUGUAGUUCUACGUUAAUUUAUCAUUAUUUAGAAUUA